CUCCAGAGAAGAAUCUAGCCACUCCUCCAAAGCCCGUCCUCCGUGACAGCUGCUGAGCACUCACUCUAACCUCUAAGCCACGAGGUGUCCACGCGCCGUUCCCAGGCGCUGAUUGGUUACAGACGACACAAACGUCGAUGUUCAUGCGCUGAGCCAUGCUGUGCAUUCUGCUUCCCCAUGCUGUGCAUUCUGCUUCCACAUGCUCAGCUGAAGUGAUCAACAACGCUGGUGAAUCACUGGCUGGCCCUCCUCAUAUAAAAGCUGCGCCUUCAUCCUUUGUUUAUAGAUCCUGAAGUGAACAUGACAGUUGGUUAUAUUUUAGGGUUUUCUUACAUUAAAGCAAGCGUUUUGCGCUGCUUCACAGUCGUAGUCGUCUAAACCUCACUCAAUCAAUUAUAUUGACUUUGACCGUCUUAUUGAACAACAAAACAUCGAUUUCGAGUUGGAAUAACUGAACUUCUUGCUGUGCAAAUCUUAGACUUGGAUAUCGAUUAAAUAGCAAACAUGGUUGUUAUGCCAAAGAGAGUGAAGACCUUCGAAGUCAUUUUCAGCGAUGCUAACAAGGCUUUCUACUGCAGUGGAGACAAAGUAGCAGGGAGGAUCGUGGUGGAAGUAGCGGAGGUGACCAGAGUCUCCGCUAUGAGAGUGCUCGGAGUUGGAUGCGCCAAAGUGGAAUAUGCCAAAGGAAAGCAGAAAUGCAGAGAGGAGAAUGAGUACUUGAGAUACGAAGAAGUUGUUCAACUUGAUGACCAGCCAGCUGGUAAUAUUAAGAUAAUUAUUCCAUACAAUCAAUAUGAUAAAUAACUUAUUUUCAAGUGUAACGUUAGCCAAGUGGAUGUACAUAUGGCUGGUACUGAUGACGACGAUGACUAGCUACUGUAGUGACUCAAAGAUCAGUUUGUGAUUAUGAUAUGACAUGCAUUUCAAAUGUGACUGUCACUGUAAGGAUCGAAUUACAGAUUCAUGUGAAGUAUUACGUUUAGCUAGCGGUUAUGAGCUGUUCUUUAGACUGAAAGUGUCCCCUACUAAACUUCCAACACUAGGCUUUAGAAGAUAACAUAGCUGAAAGUCUAACGUAAAUAAAUAAAACAACCUUUUGCCUGAUUAGUGGAAACUGCAAGAUAAAUCACCUUUAUUAAAUCUCUCUUUAAAUUUUCAGAUCAUGAUGGCUCAGUUAUCCUUAGACCUGGCAACAAGUACGAGUACAUGUUUGGAUUUGAGCUCCCCCAACAAGGGUAAGUCUCUUUGCAUUGGCCUGUAUUAUUUUAUUGAGUCAAUACAAGAUAAAUCUUCCUCUCUGUCUGUGGCUCUGUCUCAUCUUUUUGUUUCCCCACAGGCAGAUUGUGUCUUCCUACAAGGGCAAGUUUGGCUAUGUCCAGUACUAUGUAAAGGCCUUGAUGGAGAGACCUGCUCAGCCUGCCCUGGAGUGUAAGAAGCACUUUGAGGUGGAGGAGCCCCUGGAUGUGAACACCCCGGAUCUGCUGGUGAGUUCAUCUCUCACUUAUCACAAAGCCUGAACUGCAAAAGUAGAAAUAGCUGAGGUGCAAGCCAACUAGCCACCUGAAGUCUAAGGCAACUCACCUUUAAUAGUAUUGCGGAUACACAACAGAUGACAAUCUGAAAGCAUUAAGAGUGAGCAGUCUGUAUCAGACUUUUCCCUUGACCUAUAAAUUCAACCAGGCUUCGUGGGAUUACAGUCGUGUGACAUGCCCCAAUGUGAAGCUUCAGGUUGGGCACCUGUGCCUCAUCCUGCUCAGCUGCCUUCCUUGUAAAGCAUGGGGAGAUUUGACCUCCUGCAAUUCAGGUCAUAGGCCUUAGAAGUCUGAGUUAACUUGGCAUUUAUGUGAACAUGAAGGAAUAGAGCUGUUGAAUUAGAGAUCGUAAAAACAUGGUUAAACAUCUGUUAAAGUGAGCCCCUGUGUAACCAGUCUCUCUUUCUCGCCCUUUCUUCAGUCUCCUACAGGCGGCAUGAAGGAGAAGAAAGUCACCUGCAUGUUCAUUCCCGAUGGCCAGGUGUCCCUCAAUGCCAAGAUCGACCGCAAGGGGUUCUGUGAGGGCGAAGACAUCUGCAUCAGCGCCAAGUUUGAGAACACCUGCUCACGUAUUGUGGUGCCCAAGGCAGCCAUCAUCUCUAAGCACACCUACCAGGCCAAUGGCAGGACCAAGGUCUUCCGGCAGAAGCUCUCCUCUGUGCGCGGCAACCACAUAAUCUCCGGCAUGUGCGAUGCCUGGCAGGGUAAGACCAUCCGGGUGCCCAAGAUCAAGCCCUCCAUGCUGGGCUGCAACAUCAUCCGCGUGGAGUACGCCCUUAUGGUGAGCAUCUUGAUCCCCUCCAACUAGCAUAAUAGGAUAAUGCUAAUAGUAUGGUCAUUACUCUAAAUCAGCCAGUCCUUCAAUUAGAUAAGAGGAUGAGCCAAGUGACCGCACUAGUUAGACAUGCAGCCUUUCGAAAUGGCCACUCAGCAAGUCUGAUUUCUAACCGUUAUCCUCUCUUCCAGAUCUACAUGCACAUCCCAGGCAGCGAAAAGCUGAUCCUGGAGCUGCCGCUGGUCAUCGGCACAGCCGGCCUGGGCAGCCGCACCAACAGUGUGAGCAGCACAGACGGCUCGGUCAGCAAUGCUUCAGCCAGCUGGGUGUCACUGCGCAUGCCCUCUGCUCCCCCCAGCUAUUGCGAUGUCACCCGCGACUGCCGCCUGGACCAGCCCCUCACGCCCCUGCUGAACGACUAUGAUGGUGAUGACAGCCCCAUCUUCAUGCACUCCUCAGCCUUCCAGUUCCCACCUCUGCCUGCCUACUCUGAGGUGAGUGUCUUUAAAAUAAAUGCAGAUAAAAUAUCUCCAUCAUGGUACUAGUUCAAUUGUGAUUGAAUUGAUGAGCAGGUGAUCUAACCCAAGCGUCUCUUUCUUGUCUGUUUCAGGUUGAUGAGGAGUUAAAUGGCAACACUCGCAUGCUGCAGGUCUGCUGAACUACCUCAGCGCUUCCAGAACUCUGGUCCACUGUACAAGGGCCACUUUUAGCACUUAGCUCACUUGAAAAGGAGCAGAAUAUCCAAAUUAAUGUUGGAGAAGUGUUGGACGAACUUUGGGAAGUGAUGUGGUGUCGGGAAUCGGAGCCGGCCCUGCAUCGAGAAAGGAAGAGGAUGUGACGGUCAGGAGGCAAGAGGCUGAAGUCUUCUUGUGCCAGUGCUUUCGGCCAUCUUUGCAGCACCACCUAAGCUGAGCUUGUUCUGUUUCCUCCAGGACUGUUGCUGUUCAGGUUUCUGCACCUGAGCAUAACACUGCGGACGUUGUGGUUUGCAGUGUCUUGUUGUGAAUAAGCUGCUCCUUCCAAUACCGUCAAUGUUCUUAAUUCAUAAGAGAUGACUGAUAAGAAAUUAAGAGGGAUCUUAUAGUCCUUUAUAAACCAUGUGAUCUCCAUAAGUUUCCCACCGGGGCCAACCACUUGUUGAGAAGUCCCCGACUGAUUAUGCAUAAGCUCUUUGCUUGUUGGGUGUCCAUCCUUCAUGGUGUUUAGUCAUUCCAUAUAAUUCCUGUAUUUCACGAAAAUGUGGGAUUUCAUCUGAGGAACCAUAUUUUGUUUAAUUAUUUAUAUAUAUAUAUAUUUCUUCUAAAAUAAAAGUAAGCAAUUUUGUGUUAGACUAUUUGUUGCGUUUGAGAAUUACUGCAUGUUGA